CUGUGCACCCCCGGGAUUAGUCGGGGCUCUUAGAGACUCGGACACCCGGUGCAACUCAAAAAAAAAUUGUUAUUGUUACCUUUACAGUUUUCAAUAAGGCCGUCAAGGUAUAUUCUUACAUUAGUCAGAGGCCGUUGUUGUUGAAUUUGAUGAGGAAAUUCACAAAUGAAAGAAAUUUGGUAAGACCGGCCAAGACUAGAUUUGCAACGACUUUCUUAACUUUGCAUAGUUUUUACUUGCAAAAGAAGAACUUGAGAAAGCUAGUUCUUUCAAAUGAAUGGAAAGAUAACAGAUAUGCAAAGGAAGCUGCUGGGAGAGAAGUUGCCAAAGUUCUUAUUUCUCCAUUAUUCUGGAAUGAUGUCGUUCGGGCUCUUAAAGUUGGUGGCCCUUUGAUUAGGGUGCUUCGUAUGGUGGAUGGGGAGAGAAAACCACCAAUGGGCUAUAUUUAUGAAGCUAUGGAUAGAGCCAAAGAGUCUAUUGCAGCGUCAUUUGAGGGAGAGGUUAGGAAACAUGAGAAAGUGUUUGAGAUAAUUGAUAGCAGGUGGACGGAUCAAAUGCACAAACCUUUGCAUGCAGCAGGCCAUCUUCUGAACCCAGGAUUAUUUUACACGAACACUAGAGAUGAUAUUUUGACUCAAGAGGUGUGGAUUGGAUACUAUGCAUGUCUGGAGAAGUUGGUCCCUAAUUCAGCAACGAUAGAUCAAAUAGGGGAGGAGUUUGGUAGGUACUCACAAGCAGAGGGCCUAUUUGGUUUACAGACGGCCAUUAGAGCCAGAGACAUAAGGUCGCCAGUUGAAUGGUGGAAGCAAUUUGGACACCAAACUCCAAACUUGCAAAAGUUUGCCAUCAAAGUGCUAAGCCUAACUUGUAGUGCAUCUGGAUGCGAGAGAAACUGGAGCGUAUUUGAGCAUGUAAGAAAUAGAUUUAUUAUAUUAUUAAUAUAUUCGAUAUUGUACUACUAUUAGUAUCUAUUAAUUAAUCUAAACAACUUGAAAAGGAAUAGGCUUGAGCUAUCGCGCCUCAAUGAUCUAGUGUAUAUUAAAUACAAUAGAACAUUGAGGCGACGUUAUGAAGCUCGCGAUACCAUUGAUCCAAUCUUGUUGGACAACAUUGAUGAGGCAAAUGAAUGGUUAACUGGAGCCCCCCAAAAUCAUGAAGAUGAAGAAGUGUAUGAAGGAGAUGAUCUUGAUUGGGGUACUGUUUCUAUGGCGACCGGACUUGAGAGAAUAUCUAUGGUCUUAGAGGGAGUUCUUCAAGUAACAAGGGAAAGGGAGUAGCAAGUUCAAGUGGCCGGUCCCUAAUUGAUGAAGAAUCUGAGGAUGAAGAAGAUGAUAGCCAAUAUAAUGCUAGUAUUCAUGAAGUUGUUGAAUUUGAAAAUCUUGAAGAAGAAUAGAUAGUCAUACUGUCAUAGACUCUAGUAUCAACUAUGAGUCUAUGACUAUCUAUUUGAGUCUUUAAUUUUUGAAUGAUAUUUAUUAAUAUAUUAUUGUUAUUGAACUUUUAGUUAUAUAUAAUAUUUUAUGUUUUUGUAUAAAUCGUCGCUUCACAUCAAAAAGGCGAGCGCUUCGCUGCGUGCCUCUCGCCGCAGUGAAGCGGGCCCUCGUCGCUAUUUGUCGCCGCACACUGUUCAAAACACUGGUGAGGAGGAGCACAGAUGCCCUGGUGAGGAGGUGUGAGAGGUUGACAUUGAAGGGCCUAUAGAGAGGUAGAGGUAGGCCAAAGAAGA